AACUAGGAUUUCUUGUAAAUUACUUUUGAAUUUUAUUUCACAUUUACAUAACGAAAUAAACCUCUUAAUUCCAUUUUAUCAUUCAGUUAAUACAUUACAAACUAAAACCUCGAUAUGAAAAUCUCAAUCAUUUUUAUCUCAAUCUACGUCAUCGCGUCAGGCUGGUGUCAAGACGAAACAGUGUUUCACUGCUCAUCCAAGCCUGGUUGUCAGUUUUCACAUUGUGAUUCGGACAGUGUGGACAUUGAUAAACAUACUAAAGAGUAUCCGAUAACAUGCAAGUACAAUAGUACUGUUCUGAGCUGGCUCGAUUUGGCAUCAAUGAAUUCGGAGAUCACAAAUAUCAAGGUUGGAUUGGAAAAUUGGAAAACAAGUUGGAUGAAAAAAUGAAGAGUUUUGGGAAAGAAAUUUCAGGAAAUCGCGAAUCUUUCAACCAAAUUAGAGAUCAAUCAACUAAAAUAAACAAUCUAUUGAGGAGAACCACGAGGCAGUCUAAUGAAGUCAGAGAGUUGAAAAAAGAUUUGAUCAAAGUUCAAGUCAUUAAUGAUAAGUUGACAGAAGACAACGAAAAAAUGAAAGAAGCAAUAUCUCAAAUUGAACAAAAACUUGGUGUCAUGGAGAAGCCUCAACAGCUUCCAAAUAGACCCCGGCAGAUCACCAGACCAACGACAAUGAAUCGAACAACACUAAACCAACUUCUGCUCCAGAAAACUGUAAAUUGAAGGUAGGGAACACUUGUCAUUUUUUUGUGUUACGACAUAGACGGGAUGUCAACUACAGCAAAGCAGUUGACAUUUGUAAGAAACGUAACGCAGAUGUUGGUUUGAUACGAGAAGAAGAAUCUUACAAUGCAAUUGUGAAAUACUUGAGGAAGAAUAUGCCAAAGGGUUGGGUGGCAAUUACUAUAUGGACAGGAAUACAAUUUGAUCCAUUGAAUGGUGACGUCACACCCGCAAAUUCAUUCAUUGAUUGGUAUCCUUACCAACCAGUCAUGGGAAUAGAUGAUAAAGAUCGCACAAACGUUCACCUUGUUAUUGAUCCCAAUCCGAAUAUUCGUUAUCAAGGAAUGAGGAAUACUUUUCCUCGCGCGAACUGGCAUGGAGUUAUUUGUGAGAGUCUGAUCUAAUGGAACGUUUCUGUUUGUGUUUUGUUCCUAUGAAUUUAUCGUUGAUAAAAUAGGAAUUAUUAAUUUCCAAAAUUAUACGAUUGGUAUUUUUAAUAAUUACAGCUUAACACUAACUAUUGGAAAAUAAUUGCAAUGCAGUACAAUUAGUUCGAUUUAUUUGCGUUUGAUAUUAAUAACAAUAAUUCGUUAUCUUGCAUUUCUAAUUUUAAACCUAAAUGAUUUCAAAUAUCAGUUUCGCAAACAUUUUAAACAUAUUUUAUCGAAUGAAAAUCGAUUAAGAUUUCAAAAGAUAAAUUUGUCCAAUUUUUCGUAUUCUGAACUUACUAUUCCAAGUGGUAAAUGUUCAAAUCUGAGUAAAGUUUGAAGAUUCAAAUGUUUGAUCUUUGUAAUUUGAUAGAAUAAAAUGAUUUUUUUGAUCCAAUAAA